UGUAUGUGUGUGUGUGUGUGUGUGCCAACAGUCAUUAGUCAGCAGGACACACACAGUUAGUCACACGUUGUCCACCUGUCUACACAGUGACCGGAUGCAGUUUUGAAAUGAUCAUCUCGCUCCUCUCUCUCACUCUCUCACACACACACACAGACGCGACCUCGGCAGUCGAGUCCGAGCCUCUGCUUUCCCCCACACCGGCUUUGUUUUAAUGACAAUGGCUCUAAAUAAGACGUACAUCAGUAUCGGCUAUGCCUCGUUUGGUGCGCUCGUAGGCUUUUCUGCGUUCCUGACGUGGAACAUCGUGUUCGCACAGCCGUGGACUGCAGCCAUGGGAGGACUGUCAGGUGUGCUGGCGCUCUGGACCCUGAUCACGCACAUCAUGUACCUGCAGGACUUUUGGCGGACCUGGCUGAAAGGCCUCAAGUUCUUUUUCAUCAUGGCUGUUUUCUUCUCUCUGCUCGCCGUCAUAGCCUUCACUAGCUUUCUGUCUGUUGCCAUCAGCAACAAAGAGUCCUUUAGUGACCCUCAGAGUCUCUACCUAUCCUGUGUGUGGAGCGUCAUGAGCCUGAAGUGGUCCUUCCUGCUCGCUUUGUGCACUAACCGCUACCGCAAGGAGUUCACCGACGUCAGUAUUGUCAAUGACUUCUGAAGGCACUUACCAGAGUAGCUACAUGGACUCUGCAGGACACUCACUGUGCUGGCCUCCAAACCAGAGAAUGUCACAGUGUGAAAUUGACAGAGGACACUUCAAGAGGAAUAGGAAGAAAGAGUAGAUGAGCACCAGUGUUUCCCCAAAAGCUGCUGGUGUUGUUUUUAAUAUGUGCAGGAUUUGUUGCUGACUUGUCGGGUUUAUGGAGAAAUCCAGUCUUGCUUUAUAUGAUCCUUGGUAGAUUUUACUGUUACAUUUUCACUUCCUCAGCAUCAUGCUUAGUCAUGCAUCUGCACAAUUUUCUCAUGACCAAAUAAAUACAAAAUACAGUCUUUUGUAACCAUGACUCAGGCUCAGCGAAGGGGAUUUCAGCUCACCUCAGUGGUUAAGUAUCAUGUGCAGUUUCAGGCUGCAGCCACUAGAGGGGGACACUCUUCCAACAAUUAAACAUCAUGUCCCAUACUGUACAUGUGGACAUUGUCCUUAUCAUAUUACAACUGUGUUUUAUUUUCUAUAUCAAUCAAAGCAGACCUGUUUCCAUCACAAGCUGCGCUUACUAAUCAUGAAGUGUGUAUAUGAUAACAGUGAAUCCAGUGCUUUAAAGUCGAUGUACAUUCAACCGCUGCCUUAACAGUGUGUGUGUCAGGGUCUCGCACAGGGCAGGUCACCCGUGUUUCCUACAUCACUAUGAAUGCUUUUAUGUAGAAUUUCAAAUAAGCACUACAUGUCCUGGUUCAGUAUGUUUCUGAACUAUGAAGGGGCUUUUUAAUUGUAAAGAUUUUGUAAUAUUUUUAUCAGUGUGACUAAAAACGCUCAAAAAGGUGACAACAUUAGAUAUAUAAUAAUUGUGAAGAUGACAGAUUUGGUGGCAGCACAAAGGUUUGCACCAGCAGUAAUGCCACUAAUGUGCAUGCUUACAUGUUCAUGUGGUUUUUUGUUAUAACAUCCUCAUCGACAUCGAUAAUGUUGUUGCUUAGGAGAUUACUUUGAGGUAUUUCACUGCCAUGUCCCAAAUGAAAUAUAACAUUGUGUAUCCACAUGAAUCACUUGACUGAAUGUAGGAGUGUGUUUUUGAGAGCUAUGUUAAUAAGGUAUGUUUUUUGACAUCCAGUGUGCACUGCUGUGUUUUUGCAGUGAAGUCCUAAAAUAGUGGCCAAUAACUGUUCCUCUUUUGUAUGAAGAAAUGUGUCUGCGUCUUUUACAGUUUCUGUUCC